AUUAAACAUGGGAGGCAGUCAGAGCAAGACCCCCACUCAAAAGCACACUAUCAAUCCAAAAUACAUCCCUAGACCAGUAAAGACAAGCUCUUCACUAAAAAACGUAAUCCCCGCUCCCUUCAAAGCCCCUGCGGACAAUGACGAGGAAGAGAAAAUCCCCAACUACUACGAGAACAGGGAUAAGACUAAGCAGCACACUGGGGAUUUGGAGUACAGGGAAAGAAUGGAUAAGCUUAAGGCGGAGCAGAGGAAAAAAGUUAAGGAGAUGAGGCAGAGGAAUGUGAAGAAGAGAGGGAUUAUUGAACAUCCUUGUGAGAGAGAGGAUGGAGGAAUGGGAGCUAGGAGUAAUAGGAAUGGGAGAGUUCCGAUGGGACAGCGUUUUGGAGAAGUGGGUUUGGAUGAAGAAGAGCCAUACAACCCGGUUAGUCAUAGAGUGUCUAGAAGAGUUGAGAAGCCGAAAAGGGAAGCUUAUAUGAGGCAGAAUCUGAGUGAAAAUGUUCCUGCUGAAGAGGAGAAGAAGGUCCCUGAAAUAAAUUGGGAAGAAGAGAAAGAAACUUCACAAGAACGUCGAAGAAGAGCUGAAGCUGCUCAAGAAAGAAAAGAGAAAAUGAAGAAGGUUCUUGAAUUAAAAGAAAAGGCAAAGGAAAUGUACUCCAAGAGAAAUAUUGACGAAAGAACAGGAAAUCAAGGCUUUAUUGGUAUGUUUAGAAGACAACUCAGGCAAAGACAACCAGCUAGAAGUCCCAAGAAAGAAGCAAUUUAUGAGAUUGAAGAAGUAAAAGAAUCUGAGACUGUUUAUAAAGAUAAAAUUGAUUUUGAAAAUGCAACUGAGGCUGAGAUAAUUGAUGACUACAAGGAACAAAUGAUUGCGAUUAGAAACUUUAUCUUGUUUGAUGAGAAGAUUCCAGAUAACAAAGUCAAUUCAAAAGACCUUAUCGAAAAACAACAAUUCAUCAGAAACCAAUUAGGUUUGAAUAAAGUAGAAGAAAAUGAGCAAAGUCUGGAUACGGGAUUUAAGAUUAUUGAUACAUUGAACAUGCAAACCCUUUUUGUCCAUGAUCCUGAAUUUGAAUGCUAUUCAGUGAUGACAGGUAAGAAGUUUCCCACUGGUUCAAAUGAAAAAGGAGUUUUCUGCUAUUUUAAAAGCGAAGGGAGAGAAUGCGUUCACUGAGCUGAAGAAUUUGCCAAAGGGGACAUUCUAAUGAAACUCUCCUCAUGCGGACAUGUCUUCCACGCAGAUUGUGCUGAAGAGUACAUGUAUUAUAGCAACCAAUGUCCUCUAUGCAGAGCCGUUCUUUACCAAAAAUAACACCCACAGCCCCAUUCCAUAAUGAUUUCCACUUAAAAAUUCUCAUCAAUUUCCCACCUUCAUUC